UUAUAGAUGGUUAUGUAAAUGAAAUUUUAAAAAAAAAUCUGUAUCUAGGAUAAUCCAUGUUGAAAGGAUAAAAUAACUAUGGGAUAUUUAUUGUUUACUUUAAUUCUAUUGUAGUAGCUUCUUAUUGUUUGAAAAAAUAAUCGGUUCUCAUCAGAGCCAAUGGAAUUGAAUAGCUAAACACAAAAACACGAAUAAGAAUCAUCUUAGAGAUUAAUAAAAUCAUUAUCAUCAUCGUCCCCAUCAUCGCCAUCAUCCCCAUUAGUGCUCAGGGUUAUCAAUUGGUGAUUUAUACAAUCAAUAAUAAUAAUAAUAAUAAUAUGCUUAUUAUGCAAUCGAAUAAAUAUCGAAAAUUUAUUUUAUUAUGCGAUAAUGGAUAAUUGAUUUGAUUAGUUACAAUCAUAAACUUAAUAAAUUGCUUUGUUUUCACACGUAUAUUGUAUAUCUUUAACGGAUAAAGAAAAUCAAAGGCUUUAACAUUAUUACAUUCACUAUUGAAUUAUAAGAUCGACGUUAUAUUCUAUUUUGAUGAUAUUACCCAGAAAUUAUUUCGAUCCAAAAGGAGUCUUUGUGUGUGUGGGUGUAUGUUUGUUUGUUUGUUUGCACUUUUCUUGAUUCGUAAUUUAUGAAUGAAUGAAUGAGAUAAAACAAUGAACCGAUUACUUUAGUGAAUUAUAGCCAACUAAAUUUGAACUUUGUGCUAUACAUUCAUUUAACAUAUAGAUACAUUAUAUAAACAUUAUGGAUGCUAAUAAUGCAUUGAAAUUAGGAAGAUUAUUUCGUGUGCCUUAUGGUGGAGAAGGUGUGGAUUUUAUAGAUCAAUUAAAUUAUCAAUUUACAAGUGGUAUAAUUGUAUUAUUUAUUGUUAUAAUUGGAUUUCGUCAAUAUGUUGCUAUUCCUUCUACAAACAUACACAGAUAAUGUGUGAUAUUCCAAUGCUUGAAACAAAUAUUUGAGAAGAAUAAAUGAUCAAUAAUAUUGUUCACUUCCCACUACACUCUAUCCUUGUUUGAGUAUUUUAUUAUUGACCAUUAAUAUUGAUAAACAAAACAAAUAUUGAAUGACAAGCAGAAUUUCAUGUUCAUGCGAUUUGCAGAUAUGCUUGCGAUCCUUGAAUUCUUGAGACUUUCUGUGAAUACUUCACAAUCACACCAAAACUCACAUCGUGUAAUAGUGAACUCAAUACACACAGAUUCACACAGUUUGUUCGAUUUCCUAUCAAUUUGAAAUUGCAAUCACUGGAAACAUUCAAUACAGAAUAACACUUCACAAUUCGUCACAACACCAUUGACUACAUUCCAAAUCUCACUGAUCUCGUGAUCAUUUGAACACACCACAAUUCAUCGGUAAACCAUUACAUUGUUGGGUACCACAAGAAUUCACAAGUUCAUGGGAAGAUUAUGCUGAAAAUAUUUGUUGGGUACAAAAUACUUAUUUUCUUUUACCAAAUGAAGCUAUACCAGAAGAUGAUUUUGAAAUGUUAAGAGUACGACAUAUAUCAUAUUAUCAAUGGGUAGCAAUUAUAUUAGCUGGACAAGCUAUGAUGGCAUGGGUACCGCAUGUAUUAUGGCGAGUUUGGUCAAAACGUGUACCUGUUCUAUUAAAAAAUGCACGUGAAGCUGCUGUACCUGAUAAAGAAGUAAGACAUAAAGCUAUUAGUUGUCUUGUAGCUGCAUUAGAAGAAAUUUCUGAAGCAUCAAAACGUUAUCGACGUACUCGGGGAAUAUUUCAACGUUGUUUAGGUGGUCCACCACCGACUACACGUAUUACAUUAUUAUUUCUAAUUGUACGUAUAUUUUUUAUUGCAAAUAAUAUUGGACAAAUUUAUGUUAUGAAACAUUUUAUUGGAACAAAUGAUACAUUAUUUGGUUUACAUGUAUUUCAAGAAUUAUUAGUUGGUAGUGAAUGGGAAGUUAGCGGUUUAUUUCCACGUGUAACAUAUUGUGAUGUAAAAGUUAGAAAAUUGGGACAAUUAAAACCUGCAUCAUAUACACUACAAUGUGUUCUUCCAGUAAAUUAUUUUAUUGAAAAAGUCUAUAUAUUUCUAUGGUUUUGGUAUAUAUUAAUGGCAUCUUUAACAAUAUUAAAUACAUUUAUAUGGAUUACAAAAUUAUGUUUACCAUAUCGUCGUGUCCAAUUUAUACGUCAAUAUUUAAAAGCAUUAAAACAAUUAUCACAUACAGAAGAAACAGAAUGUGCCCGAUUUGUUAAUAAUAAUUUAGGUUGGGAUGGUAUAUUUUUAUUACAAGCAGUAAGUAAAAUCUCAAGCGAUUUAAUUGUACUUGAUGUCACUGGUAUGUUAUGGAGCAACUAUCAACGUGCAAAAAUUACUGGAACUGAAGAAAAUAUUGGACGAUUUAUUGAAAGUAUUAAUCGUGUUUAAAAAACAAACUUCUUCUUCUCCUUUUUCUUCUCUUUUUUGGUUUUUGAUAAACAAUAUAUAAACAUAUCAAAAUGGAUUCUUUCUAUAAAAAUGAUAUUCACUAGCCUGUGAUUUAUUUAUACAAAUGACUAAUGAGUCUCUCUCUCUCCUUCCCUCCCUCCUUCCUUCUCUCUCUCUCUCUUUAAAUAUAUAUAUAUACCUAGUGAACAACUAGUAUACAUGUACAUAUAUGCCUUUUAUAAACGCAGCAAAUCCUAAUGAAUUAUUUGGUCAUUUUGUUUUACUAAAAUUAAUUGCUCAGCUCUUCAAUGAAUUUGAAUCUUCUUCCUUAGUUACAAUUAUUAUUAUUAUUAUUAUUAUUAUUAUUAUUAUUAAUACAAUUAAUAUUAUGUUAGUAACAAUUAUUAUUUAUUGAUUGUUUACUCUUUCUAAUGAUAAUCACUAAUAAACAAUACUAUAAAUGUGAAUAUAUUAUAAAUAGGGUAUCAAAUUACCUAAUAUGUAAUACUUUUUGAAUGAUAUAAAACUAAGAAAUCAAUAUUUGAAGAUACUCUUUUUAUUCAGUUAUUUAUCAAUAUCUUAAUCUUAUUCCCCCCUUCAUUUUAACUAAUCAGUAUCUAUUGAAUAUUGUAUAGGAUAUUUGUGUAUACAUGGAUAUUUAUCAAAAACGAAUUCUGUUGUAUAAUUAUAUUGGUGUGUAUUUAUGUAUAUCCAUUGAAUAAAUGAAACUAUAUAUAUAUAUAUUUCCUAAUUUCCCAUACAGAUUGAGAAAUGUUCCCCCCUUUGGUCAGAUUUUUAUUUAACGCAUAAAUGCAAAAUUUAUUUAUAUAAAAAUUCAACUGAUCUUCGUUUCUUUUUUCUUGAUAUUUUUGUCAUGGUAACAAUUGUUAAUCAGUGGGUAUGAUAUCAAACUCAUAGACAUUAUUACUUAUCUAUAUGUAUAUGUGAAUAAUAAAUAGAACUACGGUCUUCCUGUAAUUCAGUUGAUGUUAUGUAUAUAUAUGUCGAAUCAUCAGUUUGAUGAAUUUAAAUAGAAGCCAGAACAAUAUUUGUUGCAG